GUCGGUUUGUUGCUAAGCUGCAGCGGAGCAGCAACCGGUCAACAAGAGACAGUUUACGGUUUAACGGUCUCCGGUUUAACGGUCUCCGGUGUCUCAGAGGACCACCGACACACACACGGAGGCUAACGGACCGGUGUCUCUCUGCAGGCAGUGGAGCAGCUGAUGUCUGAACUCACUGAUCCGGACUGAAGUGGAUGAAUUUACCUCAGCGUGGGUCCAAUGGCUGCAUCCAACAGCACCAAGAUCUCAUGGAGGCUGCAGGAGUUCGAAGCGCACUCCAGCAGCGUGUCCUGCCUGUCUCUGGGGAAGAGUUCAGGACGCCUGCUGGCCACCGGAGGAGAGGACUGCCGGGUGAACAUCUGGGCUGUGAGCAAGGCCAACUGCAUCAUGAGUCUGACGGGCCAUAAGACCCCGGUGGAGUGUGUGCAGUUCAACCCGUCUGAGGAGCAGGUGGUGGCCGGAUCUCAGUCUGGAUCCAUCAGAGUCUGGGACCUGGAGGCGGCCAAGAUUUUAAGGACUCUGAUGGGACAUAAGUCCAACAUCACAAGUCUGGGUUUCCAUCCCUUCGGAGACUUCCUCGCCUCCAGCUCCACCGACACAAACAUCAAGCUGUGGGACGUUCGGAGGAAAGGAUAUGUGUUCAGAUACAAGGGUCACACUCAGGCGGUGAGGAGUCUGGCCUUCAGUCCUGAUGGGAAGUGGUUAGCUUCAGCCAGCGACGACUGCACCAUCAAGCUGUGGGACCUGACGCAGGGGAAGACCAUCACGGAGUUUAAGUCUCACAGCGCCGCCGUCAACAUCGUUCAGUUUCACCCCAACGAGUACCUGCUGGCCUCAGGCAGCUCCGACAGACACAGUGUUAGCGGUCGGUCGUCAGCUGAAGGACCUCAUUUCUCCUUUUCCUGAGAAGAUGCAGGCUCCUCCUCUGGCCUCCUCCACCCCGGUGCAGAGGGUGGAGCCUACAGUGGUUUCCUGUGUGAAGCGUUCAGCUCCUCCCUCUUCCUCCUCCUCUUCCUCAGCCCCCCCCCCCCCCUCUCAGCCUCCCCUCAACACAGGGAAGUCCAAACCCCCCCCUAAAAUCAUCCUGAGCAACAGGAACGAGCCAAUCGGACUCAACGUGGCCGACUUCCUGCCCUCCUCUCCUAACAGGGGGGGGGCUCUCUCCGAUGACGAGGCUCUCUCUCAGCUGAAGAAAGGUCACGACACCAUGUGUGUGAUGCUGAGGAGCCGACACCGCAACCUGGAGACCGUGAGGGGGGUGUGGGCGCGCCAGGACAUCAAGAGCGCUCUGGACGCCGCCGUCUCCAUGAACGAUCUGUCCAUCGUCGUGGACAUCCUGAACAUCAUCAACCUGCAGCUGUCUCUAUGGAAGCUGGAUCUCUGCACGACGGUUCUCCCUCAGAUCGAGCAGCUGCUGCAGAGUAAAUACGAGAGCUACAUCCAGACUGGCUGCUCCUCUCUGAAAAUGAUCAUGAAACAUUUCUGGAAGCUGAUUUCUGAAACGUUGAGAGCGACGCCGUCUGUGGGAGUGGACAUCACCCGAGAGGAGAGACGCCAUAAGUGCAGGCUGUGCUGCCGGCAGCUGCAGAACCUCAGCAACAUGGUGAAGACCCGGGCGGGGGGGGUGGGGCGGCACGGCAGCGCCUUCAGGGAGCUCACGCUGCUGAUGGCGCCGCUGGACGACGACAUCUGAGGAGGAGGAGGAGAGAAGAACAACUGCAACGAGACGACUGACAGUAAAACGUGUCUUCAGAGCAGCGUAGUGCACCUUUAAUGCUGGAAAACCACCACACACACACACACACACACACACACACACACACACACACACACACACACACACACACACACAGCAGGUGUGUGUGUCAGCUGCAUCCCACCUGCAGAACAAGCUGAUUUGAAGGAGUAGUCAUUAGACAUUUUUCUGUCACUAACACUAAUGUUGUGCAACCAACACAAAGCCACAGCUGGUUAGCUUAGCUUAGCAUAAAGACUGGAAACAGGGGGAAACUGCUAGCAUUCCAAAAUCCACCAAUCAGCUCUUCUAAAGUUCAGAACACUUUGUUUCACUUUUCUACUUUCUCUAAUUCAAUGUUCUGUUCUUCUGUUUAUGUAAAUAAAGUUGUACAUGAUGCGA